AUGCUCGCAAGAACCCCUAGGGCAGCUCUUCGCUCAGGUCGGGCGUUGAGAGUCCGCCAGCCAGUCCAAUUCUCUUCGCAUUCUCGCAACGCCCGCUUCCAGUCCACGGGCCCCGCCAAAACUGCUAGCGAUGCCUCGUCGUCUUCAGGCCAAGCUCUCCUGGGGGGACUGGCUGGUGGCACCUUUGCCUUCGUGCUGGGAUACAUGUGGUAUCAAUUCUCUGGUGCAAAAUCAGCGCUGAACACGAUACACUCGACCAAGGCUUACGUUGAGAACGCCUUCAAGAAGACUACUCAGAACGCCCCCGAGCCGAACCAAGCUAUCCAAUGGCUGGAGGAGACGGUACAAAGCUACACAAGGAUGAUUCCGGGAGCUUCAAAAUACGUCGACUCUGCCUUUGAUGUGGACAAAGUCCGGGAGAAGCACGGAGACGAGGUGGACCAAAUCAUCAAUGACACCUACGGAAAGCUGAAGGGCGUCACCCAAAAGGGAUUCAGCAUAGAAGCGCUCGUUGAAGCUUGGGGAAUCCUUGAAGAUUGCUUCAAGCGAAUCAGCAGCCUGGCUGCUAGCGCUGGGCAGGACAUCUUGGACAACCACCCUCAAAUAAAGAGCCAGUUUGGGGACAGAUUCCAACAGUUGCAGCAGAUGGGCGAGCAGUACGGUCCAGAAGCCAAGAAGGCAGUUGACGAGACGUGGCAGCAAGCGCGCAGCAUUCUUGCCGGCGGCGUCAGCUUUUCGACCGUGCAGAAAAUUCAAGAUCUAAUGCAGGACAAGACACAACAGCUGAGGCAGUACGGCGACCAAGCCUGGCAAAAGGGCAUGGAGCAAGCCAAACCAUUGUUGGACAAACAACCGCAAAUGAAGAAGCUCAUUGAGGAGAACAAGUCCAAGCUGCUUCGGGGAGACUUGGGUCAGUUGUGGCAGAGGAUGCAUGAGGCGGCUCAGUCAGGAAAUACAAACGAUCUUCAAAAUUUCGUGAAGGAGCAAGUGGACAAGGCCUCAGAAGGUGCCGGGGGUGGAAUUGAGCAGUUGCUCAACAUCAUGCCUGGUGGAUCAGAGAUUGGGCCGAAGUUGCAGCAGUUGCAGGAACUGAGUCAGAAGCACGGACAGGAGGCAGAGAAGUUGGUCAGAAGUGCCAUUGAAGAUGUGAAGAAGGUGUUGUCCAAGAAGGUCGAAGAAGGGCAGCAAUUGAAGGAGAAGGUCAAGUCGGAGGCAUAA